AUGUCCCUUGCAUACGAGUCUCCAUAUCGCGACCAAUCUUUCUACCAUCUACUGAACCGGGAAUCCUACAUUGUCAAACUCAUUGCACUUACUAUUGUCAUCGGAACCUUAUUCAUAGGAAUCAUGGUCCUUAUUGCACUGAGGAUGAGCCAGCUGACUUUUCAGCUUGAAGCUGAGUCUCUCACCUCAAUAUCAGAUCAUUCUAUCACUCUGCCCACAUUGACACCGAGUGACUCAGGAAGUGAGUACAAAGAGUUCAAACAAAAGCCCAAACAAAAAGAGUCCAAAGGUCAGUUAAUGGUCAACAACAUUCCCCCAGGCAUUAAGAAUGAACAGAGUGCACAAAAGAAGAACAGCUUUGCAUUUAAUUCCGCAGCCUUAAUGCAAAUGUUCGGGAGGCGUCGUCACACUAUCUCUAACAUUGGUGAAAUUGGUGACAAUGGCUUCACAGAGCACCAAAUGCAAGCCCAGGGAUAUCAGUAUGUUCGGAAGUUUUCUGUCGAUAUCACAGCUUUGCAAGCUCAGCUAGAAGAUCCUAAGAGCCAUAGCAGUAUGUCUUCAUUCAAGUCUGCAGAAGACAUGCCGCAGUCAAAUGCUUCAUUGUCGAUGAUACCAAUCACAAAGAAGGUGUGCAGCAUCGAAGAACCGUCGACUUCAAGACCAUUAAAGAAAUCAUCAGCACCACCAAGGAUAAUGGUGGAGCCUGUCUUGGAAGAAGAAUUUCACCAAACUAUUGAACAGAGGAUUUCUGAAGAACGGCAAAGCCAUAAUAAUUUCAGACUAUGCCUACUACUUUUGAUAACAUACACCUUGUCUGUAAUUCCAAUGUACAUCACAGAGUCUAUUCGCAGCCUUGUUUCUCUAGAUGUUUACAUCAAUUGCCUCAUUUGUGUGACUGCCAUUUCGAGCAUCCAGACAGUCAUUUUCCCCCACAUCAUCAUCUGCACUGACUCUUUAGUUUACAAAGUCCUACGUAACUUGAUCAGUGCAUGUUGUGUCCCUAAAGCAAAGGACAAGCAGCAAAAAGAAACUCAGUCUAUGCUGCCCCAUCCAACGCCAUCGGAUUUCAGCGUUAGUCAGCUUUAG